AACAAGACUAUCUUGACUGCAAACCGAACAGCAGAAGCAAGUGCAGACUGACUUAAAGCUAACGUCAAUUUGGGGGCUUUGUCAGUCCUUGCUUAGCUAGCUUGUUCAAGGCUGGCUUCACUGGCCAAACAUGCAGAAAUAUGAAAAGCUUGAAAAAAUCGGAGAGGGGACUUAUGGGACCGUGUUCAAGGCUAAAAACAGAGAAACCCACGAAAUUGUGGCUUUGAAAAGGGUCAGGUUGGACGACGAUGAUGAGGGAGUCCCAAGUUCUGCUCUGAGGGAAAUCUGUCUUCUGAAGGAACUAAAGCAUAAAAACAUAGUCAGACUACACGAUGUUUUGCACAGUGACAAGAAGUUAACCUUGGUUUUUGAAUACUGUGAUCAGGAUUUGAAGAAGUAUUUUGACAGCUGCAAUGGGGAUCUAGAUCCUGAAACUGUGAAGUCGUUCAUGUACCAGCUGUUGAAAGGCCUUGCUUUCUGUCACAGUCGAAACGUUCUUCAUAGAGAUCUGAAGCCGCAGAAUCUCCUCAUCAACAGAAACGGAGAGUUAAAGCUGGCUGACUUUGGGUUGGCUCGAGCUUUUGGCAUUCCUGUGAGGUGUUACUCAGCAGAGGUAGUGACAUUGUGGUACCGGCCUCCAGAUGUGCUGUUUGGUGCUAAACUUUAUUCUACCUCUAUCGACAUGUGGUCUGCAGGCUGCAUAUUUGCAGAGCUGGCUAAUGCGGGAAGGCCUUUAUUCCCCGGCAAUGAUGUGGAUGACCAGUUGAAAAGAAUCUUCAGAUUGUUGGGUACACCAACUGAAGAACAGUGGCAGACAAUGACAAAACUCCCAGAUUACAAGCCAUAUCCCAUGUAUCCAGCCACCACCUCACUGGUGAAUGUGGUCCCCAAACUAAGUAGCACGGGACGGGAUCUACUUCAGAACCUGUUGAAAUGUAAUCCUGUCCAGAGGAUCUCUGCAGAAGAGGCCUUGCAGCACCCUUACUUUGCUGAUUUCUGCCCACCAUAAAUGCAAAAUUGCCUCUCACUGAACUUCAGCCACCAAAAUCAAUCAUCCUUCACUCUGUUGAGUCAUUAGGACCAGUCCCAACAAGGCAAAUCCCUCACUGGCUUUCAAACACUCCCCUGCAGUUCAUUCUGUUGUGCCUCUGUGUGGAACAAAGCCCUCGUGGCUCUGCAAGGUUUUUGGUUCUUUUCAGCUGAAAGCCUGUUUAAUUUGGUACAUCCAUGCCUCCCAGUUAAUUAGCACAAACUCAGGAGGGUGUAUUGAAUAAAUUUUCUACCUGUGGAAAUGGUUUUUUUAACAAAAAGCCCCUCUGCUCCAAAAAUAAUCAAAUAAACAUGUUCAGGUUUAUUUCUGACUUUUAAACAGUUUAUCAUGAAGGAGACACGCUCUACGAAUCUGUGGUAAUCUCAUUUGGUGGAUUAAUGUUGAAUACCUAAAAUACGUAAUAUACCACUUUCUCAGACAGCCUUUCUAAAAUUGUGUUCUUGUUUUGAUGUAUUUUGCAGAGCAGUUUUACCCACUAGAAUCCGUUUUUACAAGUCUUAUCAUUUGUGGAAACAAAAACGGGAAAUAUGAUGACAUAUCGAUCAAUCAACACAAAGCAUAUAGAAACACUUUUGAUGGGAAUCACUUUUAUGUAGUUAUUGAGGAAUUGGGGCAAACACGUAAUUAUGGCACUGUUUCUAAAUUCAAUAUAUAAAAAUAUGUUUGACUUUUCUCUUC